CCUGACCUUCGAACCGGCAAGUCGCGGCCAGCACUCGCGGGCCCUUCCAGCGGUUUUUGGGGGAAAGGCCUGGCUGCAAAUGUGUCCAACGUUUCAAACUAAACAACGCGAUCACUUCGCGCACUAAUUGACCACGGCCGGACGCAUUCGGGAGUUUAUUAUAUUUAUUGUUUGUGUGUGUGUUUUUUGGUACCGUCAGUGCCAGGCUGUGGUUCUGACCGACAGGCAAUUGGCGUUUCCGGCGCAUUUAACAGGAUCGCGAAUGUCAAAUCACGAACGAUUCUGGUCGGAUAGUGUGCCGCUAGUGUGUGUGAUUCGGUGCCGCGAGGUGUUACAUUACUUUACGCUUGAUUACACAAAAAGGGCACGCUUUUCUUUCGCGUUACAGAAUAGAAAUGCACGUGCUGUGAGAGAAUUGUGAAAAUAAAAGCAUACGUUUGAUGUCAGCGCUACAAAAUUAGUUUUACGGCACGGCGUUUGGAGUGUGACUUAAUUAGUUCAGUGCAAUCAGAGCCGUAAAAUGUGAUCCACUCGCUUGUAUGUAGUGCAUCCGUAGAGUGGUUCUUGAGUGCAUUCGUAUGCGAGGUAAAUUAUCUGAUAGUAACGCCCCGCGUCCCAAAUCACAAAAUCAUAUCGAAAGAGCAAAUAGUUCCAGUUCCAGGUAUUCUUGAUAAUGAAACAAAUGAGUUAUCUCUUUACCCUGAAGUGCAGUGCAACACCGGAAUCGAGAGUGCAAUAUCACUUUACGGUACAAAUAAGCUAAUUUCCCCCGCGACAGGAAAACAAAAAAUCCGUGCAUCAUUCAAAUGUCGUUAACGACCUCCCGCAAUGGAGUCCCCUGGUGCCUCACGCACAAAACUUCCGAACAAUCAGCGGGACCAUAAACACGCCAUAAACGGCAAUUGGAAACUUAUCUCCCCAGUGUCACCUAAUUGUGUGUGACCUCAUAAAUUAAAUUAAAACGAUGCGAAUUCGUUCUACUACCUUUUUAAGGCAUUCGUCACCAAGAACUCCCAUUUUGUAGGGUUUAGUUUUUUUGGCUUCGCUUGAUCGAUCGAUUGAUCGAGCGGCGAUUGUUUGGGCCGGGAUGAUUGACGGUACAAUUCACCAUUUGAAAUCAACGCCGAGCCAUUGACGGUACCGGUGAUAACCACACCCAACUAGACGAUCAGCGUGUCGAGCGCGCCCGGUGGCUGAUCUAGAACCUGUAACUAGAAGGGGGAAAAACUCGUCUAAUGCGCUAGAUUUAGAGGAUGAGCAGUGUGCAUGAAGCUUUUGAAUGAUUCAGAUUGCUGUUGGAAGUGUUUUUUGUAGUGUAAUAUUUGUUAGAGCUGGCUUUAAAACCACACCAAAACAAUUGCAACACAAAAAUGCAUCCAACGGUAGGCAGAAACAGGGGCGUAUCAUCCGUCGCCACGCAAACCCUGACCCUGACGGCCAUCUUUAUGCUGACGCUUAGCUAUGCUAACGGGUUUGCAACGUUACCGACGGAAUUGGAUCGACCGCAGCGCUGCCAGCUCGAGCGGACGUACAAAAUGGUCGGCUACAAUUGUGCGAAUUUAAAUCUGAAGGAGAUACCACAAACGCUCAAGUCGAGUCUAGAGAUAUUCGAUCUAAGCUUCAAUCGGAUCCGUGAUUUAAAUGCUCAAUCCUUUGCCCGCUACACCUCGGUCAAGUAUCUGUAUCUGUUCGAGAACAUGCUCCACAACAUCGAUGAGGAUACGUUCAGUUUGCUCACGAACCUAGAGGCCAUCGAUCUUUCGUACAACGCGUUGAAGAGUAUACCGCUGGAGCUGUUCCAGCUUCCCGUCCUGCGCAACCUAUACGUCAGCCACAAUGCACUGUACGAGCUGGAGACCUCGCUGGCGGCGCUCGAAAAACCUAUCAAAGCGCCGCUGCAGGUACUCGGCCUUGCCGACUGUCGGCUGCAGCGAUUGCCGGACUUCGGCGUCCUGCCUGACCUGUGGCAGCUAAACAUCUCGUCCAACCCGAUGAAGGAGCUCACCCUGGGACAGUUUUCGCCCAUGUGCAAAUUGAAAACGGUCGAUCUCAACAACACACAGAUUCCGAUCUGCGCUUGCCAGGUGCUAACGGCGGAGCUAGUUCUCCGGCGUACCAAAAUCAUGUAUCCGCCACUCUACUGCAUCCCGCUUACAUCUUCCGAGCAAAACCUCUGCCAAGCGGAAGCGGGCCAGGAGAUCCAGCCGGAACAGGUCGCUGAUUUCCUCCAGUGUAUGGAGAUCCAAAAAUCCCGCCAGCUCGACACGGAAGCCAAAUCGACGUGGACCAAGAUCGUCGUCGCGGUGGCCAGCUGCAUAGUGCUGCUUGCCAUCAUACUCUUCUACCUGCAUCGGCGCAACGAGAAGAAACUAAAGGCGAAGCUGAAACGUAACCUGCAGAAAGCACCGCUGAAGAACAUCAGCGGUGUCAUGGUGCCACAGACGCUCGGUGCGCCGGAAGAAGCACCUACGGAAAAUGCCAAGUGUGAUAAACUGUUGAGCGAUUGUGAUUAGAGUGAUGCACCUGUUGUUUUUGGCGCCAUUUCAUAAGACUAGCAGCAUGGAAUGGCGUAAGAAUUAGCUGGUAAGGCGAACUGUGUAUAUAGCCGCGCGUUUAAGCACUGUUAAAGAAUACCGAUUGUACACCGAUUGAACGACAAACGUUGCCAUGAAAUAACUUAAGAGCUUAGAUAUCGUUAAUUUAGUCGAUCGUUAACUAAAAACUACAUUCGUAUAGUGCACAUAGAUAAGUGAAGUAGGUGAAAACUACGAUAUAAAAUAAAACCGAAACGUGCCAAAACAAGCGAACCGAACCGGGAGGUUCCCGUUGCAUUCGAACUGACAACUGACUGAGAAAGUUCCUGUUUUCUCAACCAGUAGCUAGAAUCAAUGAAAUGCAAAUGGAAAAUUUCUUACCUUGGAAAAGCAAUAGAAUAUAGAGAUUUUAUUGAAAACCUCGAUUUUUAGAACCCAAAAAUUAUAAAAACCAUGAGAUGUAUGACCGUCAGAUAAAUGAACACAACCUACUGUGCGAGUCGGGAUCUCGAAAUCAUCAAUCAUCAGCCCAUCGCACAGUGGUAAAUCGAAGACUUAAAAUAAGAGAACAUUUAUUUUCCUGCUUGGUAAAUUCGAUGAAAAAUAUA